AUGGGGGUUCAUUCUCUGGCAAUGGAAACCCUAGCCGAGAGGGCAUCAUUCAUGAGAGAGUCCCUGCACAAGAGCCAGACCAUCACAGACAACAUGGUCGCCAUCCUCGGCUCCUUUGAUCACCGCCUCUCCGCCCUCGAAACCGCAAUGCGUCCCACUCAGGCACUCUCUCUCUCUCUCUCUCUCACUUUGACAUUGAUGAAGGAAUUUACAUACAUAAGAACUCAUUCGAUUAGGAGGGCGCACGAGAACAUUGAUAAGACACUGAAGGCAGCCGAAUUUAUUUUGGCCCGAUUCGAUCUUUCGCGACAGGCGGAAGCUACAAUAUUAAGAGGACCACAUGAGGAUUUGGAAAGUUACCUAGAAGCAGUUGAUCAGCUGAGAAGCAUUGUUUCUUUUUUUAGUGGAAACAAAAGCCUCAAAAGUAGCAUUGGCGUGGUUAAUCAUGCAAAUAACUUACUUGGAAAGGCUAUUCUAAAGCUAGAAGAAGAGUUUCGGCAGCUGUUGACCUCAUACAGCAAACCUGUGGAACCUGAUCGUUUUUUUGAUUGCCUACCCAAUUCUCUGCGACCAUCAGCAGGAUCACCUGGUCAGGGUGAUGCCAGUGGCAAGCACCAAAACAAAAGUUUAGAAACUGUUGUUUACCACCCUCCAACUCUCAUUCCACCCAGAAUUCUGCCUUUGCUGCAUGAUUUAGCCCAACAAAUGGUUCAAGCUGGUUUUCAACAGCAACUCUUCAAUAUUUACAGGGAAACCCGUAUUUCAGUUGUGGAACAGAGCCUUAGAAAACUAGGUGUGGAAAAACUUGGUAAAGAUGAUGUCCAAAAGAUGCAGUGGGAGGUCUUGGAGGCUAAGAUUGGGAACUGGAUUCAUUUCAUGCGGAUUGCUGUCAAACUUCUAUUUGCUGGGGAAAAGAAAGUCUCUGAUCAAAUAUUUGAUGGCUACGAAUCUCUCCGGGAUCAAUGUUUUGCAGAAGUUACUGCAAACAGUGUUGCCAUGCUGCUUAGUUUUGGAGAGGCAAUUGCCAAAAGCAAGAGGUCUCCGGAAAAAUUAUUCGUCCUUUUGGACAUGUAUGAGAUAAUGAGAGAACUUCGGUCAGAGAUUGAUCUAAUUUUCGGAAAUAAAUAUUGCGCUGAAAUGCGAGAAUCUGCCGUGGUUUUGACAAAGCGUUUAGCCCAGACAGCCCAAGAGACCUUUGGUGAUUUUGAAGAAGCAGUCGAAAAAGAUGCCACAAAAACUGCUGUUCUUGAUGGAACAGUCCAUCCUUUGACUAGCUAUGUAAUUAACUAUGUGAAGUUUCUGUAUGACUAUCAGUCGACCCUAAAGCAACUUUUCCAGGAGUUUGAUGGCGAUGAUGCAGAUGCUCAGCUGGCAUCUGUGACAACACGGAUAAUGCAGGCUCUUCAGACUAACCUGGACGGGAAAUCUAAACAAUAUAGGGAUCCUGCUUUGACUCAGUUAUUUCUCAUGAAUAAUAUCCACUACAUUGUCAGAUCUGUGCGCAGGUCAGAAGCAAAAGAUUUGUUAGGAGACGACUGGGUCCAAAUACAUCGAAGGAUUGUGCAGCAGCAUGCAAAUCAGUAUAAGAGGAUUUCUUGGUCCAAGGAGUUUGAUGGCGAUGAUGCAGAUGCUCAGCUGGCAUCUGUGACAACACGGAUAAUGCAGGCUCUUCAGACUAACCUGGACGGGAAAUCUAAACAAUAUAGGGAUCCUGCUUUGACUCAGUUAUUUCUCAUGAAUAAUAUCCACUACAUUGUCAGAUCUGUGCGCAGGUCAGAAGCAAAAGAUUUGUUAGGAGACGACUGGGUCCAAAUACAUCGAAGGAUUGUGCAGCAGCAUGCAAAUCAGUAUAAGAGGAUUUCUUGGUCCAAGAUUCUGCAGUCUCUCUCCAUUCAGGGCCUCUCUUCAUCAGGUGGGAGUGGUUCAUUUGGAGCUGAUGGUGGCAGCAGUGGUGGAGUUUCAAGAGCAAUGGUGAAAGAUAGGUUCAAGAGCUUCAACAUUAUAUUUGAGGAGCUUCACCAAAGGCAGUCUCAAUGGACAGUCCCAGACAGUGAGUUGCGUGAGUCUCUAAGGCUGGCUGUGGCUGAAGUCCUUUUGCCUGCCUAUAGAUCUUUUGUUAGACGUUUUGGCUCUAUGAUUGAGAAUGGCAAGAAUCCCCAAAAGUACAUCAGGUUUAGUCCAGAGGAUCUGGAGCGAAUGCUGGCUGAGUUUUUCGAAGGAAAGACCUUGAAUGAACCAAAGCGGUAGAGUUCUUGCUGCAAGUAAGCACUUGUUUAGCUCAUAGCUUGUUGAACAUAUCUCAUUCAGUGUAUAAUUGGUCAAUAGUGCAUUUGCAUCCCACUUUAGUCGUGUUGUAUAUGUGGUCCAUUUCAGCAUCACCAUAUUAG